ACCCAACAUUGGUUACGAAUUGUGACAGUUGUGUCGGACUUGGGCGCACGGCCGGUGACGGAGGAAGCCUUUAGCGGGUUAGCCCUUAUUAGUGGAGCAGCAGAGCGUUGACCUCACCGACGCCUCACAACCUCACAUCCGACUUCACUCGGCUCCAGCACUACUGAUACUACCAUCGCGUCAUCACUUGUUCAUUUCAACUCUUAAUUUCACACUCCUGCUCCUGUGCCCACACAUAUUCCAGGUCGCUCCGAUCAACCACCGCUUCGGCCCAACGAUAGCGAGGAGCCACCGCCGCAUUCGAUACCCGGAUUUCACUCCCUUGACUUGCGGUGCCCGACCCGCCGAACUCCUUGGACACCCCGAACGACGAGCAAGCGACGGAAACCCAGCGACGUACACGCCAACGCGAUUCUAGUGCGCAACCGGGAACACGACUAGCGAACCGCCAUGUCGAAGGUCGUGCGGAGCGUGAAGAAUGUCACGAAGGGGUAUUCGACCCCAGAGAUCAAGGUCCGGAAUGCGACAAGCAAUGAUCCGUGGGGACCGGUUGGCGGGGAUAUGGCGGAGAUCGCACAGAUGACCUUCAAUGACUCUCAAACGUUCCAGCAUAUCAUGGACAUGCUUGACAAGCGAUUGAACGAUAAAGGGAAGAACUGGCGCCACGUCCUCAAGUCGCUGAAGGUGUUGGAUUAUAUCCUGCAUGAAGGAUCCGAGUUGGUGGUGACGUGGGCGCGAAAGAACAUUUACAUCAUCCGAACGUUGAGGGAAUUCCAACAUAUCGACGAGGAUGGGAGAGAUGUGGGGCAGAACAUCCGCGUCUCCGCGAAGGAACUCACCGCCCUCAUCAUGGACGAGGAGAGACUCCGCGUCGAGCGACAGGAUCGCAAGUCGUGGAAAUCCCGUGUGACCGGCAUCGAGGAAUUCGGGCCCCGAGGCAGCGGGGACGGUGACGCACCCUACGAGGAGCCCCGCCGGGCACGCACGGGCGAACGUCGCCCGCGUCGCAAUGAUGAAGAAGAUCUGGAAUACAAGCUAGCGAUCGAAGCGAGCAUGAACGAGGCGGAAGAGGAGGCGAAGCGACGCGCCAAGGCCACUGGCACCGAAGACGAUGCCGAUCUACAGAAGGCGCUCAAUCUCAGCCGCGAGGAAGAGGAACGCCGUCGGAAAGAGUUGGAGGAUUCGAACAAUUCCCUCCUGAUCGACGAUUCGACGCCGGCCUCGCAACCGGCCCAGGCGCAGCCUACGGGAUGGAACCAGGGAUAUCAGCAACAAGGCGCGGUGGACUGGUAUGGCAAUCUUCUCAAUCAGCAGCAACAGCAGCAGCAGCCACAGCCGACCGGAUUUAUGGCCGCGCAACAAACCGGAAUGCCAGGCUACGCCAAUGGUUUCGGAUAUCAGCCAGCGCAACCCACCGGUUACGACCUCAACCAGCAGAGCCAACCGUACGUGCAACCGCAGCAGACCGCCUUUGGGACGACCAAUCCAUACGCUCAACAAGCGUCGCAACAGCCGCAACCAGCGCAACCAACCAAUGGCUUCGGCGACUUCGGCAGCCAACAACAGCAACAGAACCUGUCUCCCGGUACGAACAACCCAUGGGCCGGCACCUCGAACACCACCGACUCCCUCCAACCGCAACCGACCGGCAGCAACAACCCCUUCGCGCAACCCUCCUUCGCUCGCCCCUCCACCGCCCAACCCCGCCUCACCAACCCCCUCACCUCCCUCGACGAAUCCAAACCCACCACCUUCCCCACCACCUACACCCAACCCACCCCCUUCACCCAACCCUCCCCCUUCACCCAACCCUCCUCCAACCCCUUCCCCUCCCCACCCCCCCAACAACAACCCCAACCCCACCCCUCCGACCCCCACCACGCCCGCCUCAACACCCUCCUCGCCUCCGGCGACGGCCAAGACACCUUCGGCAACGUCGGCGACCUGCGCAUCCCUGCGCAGCACACCGCGCCCGGAACCUUCGUCAACAGCGCCGGCGCCGGUAUCAACGCCCUCGGCGCGAACCAGACGGGGAACAACCCGUUUAUGCAGGGACAGUUUACGGGAGUGGGUGGCGGACCCGGGCAACAGCGCGUGGCGCCCGCGCAGACGGGGCCGGCGGCGGGGUAUGGAGGGUCGGCUAAUCCGUUUGGGAGGGGGCAGGGGCAGGGAGGGCCGGGGACAAGUUUGAUUGAUUUGUGACGGGGAUGAUAGGUGGGUGAGAUGGAAGAAAGGAAAUGGAGAAGUGGAUGAGAGUUCUUGCCUUUUGUUCGAUGAUUUCGCCGUGGUGCUAUACGUCGCGUGGGACGGGACGACGGCACGGUCCCGUCGUUUCGUCGAGUUGGAAGCCUAUUCUUUUCUGCUACGCCUCGCUUGCAUGGAUGUGGAUGGACGUCC